GUCGAGCCGCAGCUGGCCUGCCGUGCCGAUCGCUCUGCUCAGUGGAGGUCCUACUGCCAGCCGUGACGAGUGAAAUGUGCUUGUGCUGUAGUGUUGUGUGCCUGCCCGAGUGUUGUGAGUGCAGUUUAGUGUUUUAGUGUAACCGACCACCAAAAAGGAAUACAAUUUUGUUAUUGUUAUUUGGUUUAUCUGUGAUUUCGGUGUUACUGUGAUACCAUUACAUUUGAAGGAAUAUACUUACGCCCAUUAUUUUGGAUAAUCACGUGUUUUCUGUUGAUGGAGCUACGCAUAUUUCGCACACGGAGGUUAGUGUCGUCCAUUUUGAAUGGUUUUUGAGAUAAGAUGGUUGUGGGGGGCGGGCCGGGGUCAGCACGGCCCUCAACACUCGGCUCGGCUCCCUCAUGGCUGGCCCAAUGAGAGACAACUCGCUGGACUGCAGCCACCGAACCAAGGUGGCAGACCCCAGGGCGGCGACGGCGGCCAAAGCGGAGACCAACUUCGAGUACGAUGACAACGAGUGGGACAUCGGCAUCGGAGACCUCAUCAUAGAUUUGGAUGCUGAUAUAGAGAAGACCAACGAGCGGACGAGCGGAGGUGGGCCCAUGGCUUCGGCGGCAAGCGGCCCGCCUACCAAGGGCAAAUUGGCAGUGGAGCAUUCGGCCACCGUAGACAAGGGGUUGAAGAUGAAGAUCAAGCGGACUAAGCCCGGUACCAAGACAUCUGAGGCAAAACAUGAAAUUGUCAAGAGUGGUGAGCAGCAGAACGGUAGCACGAACAGUGGGGAGAAACAUGCGGGUAAUAGUGCGAGUGCAAGUGCUAGUGCGAGUGCGGGAGUGAAACGUAACUCGAGUGGCCACAGGAGGGACAAGGCCCGUGACAAACACGAAGUGAAUGGUGUGGUGCGACCUGGUGGUGUACAAAGAGUGGUGUUCCCAGUGACUGUGUCGGGGCCCGGGCCCCCCAAUCCCCCCGUGAGUGAACCCCCACCUGUGCCCUCCCCUGCACCUGCCACCCCCCCAGCCAUCCAACCACCUCCCGCCAUAGAGGAGCCAAAGCCUGUGCCUGUGUCGCCUACGGCAGCGGCUCCCACCUCACCUCCGCCACCGCCCAAGAAGGUGAAGACCUCCUGUCCUUCUGAUAUCAGCAAGGAGAUGGUGGAUGUGUGUGUGGGGACCAGCGUGGGGACCAUCACGGACCCUGACUGCCUGGGACCAUGUGAGCCGGGGACUAGUGUCACAUUGGAAGGCAUUGUUUGGCAUGAGACUGAAGGAGUGUUGGUGGUCAAUGUGACGUGGAGAGGGAAGACUUAUGUGGGAACACUACUAGACUGCACCAGGCACGACUGGGCACCUCCUAGGUUCUGUGAUUCCCCAACUAGUGACUUGGACGCAAGAACGCCGAAGGGACGAGGGAAGCGUGGGCGUCAAGCCACCACAAAUACGACGACAAGUAAUGACUUAAGCAACUUCACUGAGACAAGGUCUUCGGUCCACAGCAAACUGAGGAGUAACAACAAUGGAGGAGCUAAAGGGAGGAGAAAUCCCGGGGGCCCAGCAUCACCCACCCCCUUUGUGCCUCCUAAGCCUGACACCACACCCGGCAAGAGGAAACCUAAAGCCCCUGAAGAAGAAGCUCCGGCGAAAAAGAGUAAACCUCCAGUUGUGGCCCCAGCACCACCACCACCACCUGUCACUACAGUCCCUACUACUCAGACGCAGACUUCUUCUUCAUCGUCCUCAUCUAGUCCUCCUCCCUCUCCUGUGCUGCUUGAGUGCCCAGAGCCCAACUGCUCCAAAAAGUACAAACACAUUAAUGGACUGAAGUACCAUCAAUCACAUGCGCACGGCAACGCAGAUGAUGAGGAAACAAAAGAAUCAGCCGGAAGUCUGUCAGAAGCAGAAGAAGAGCCUAGUCCUGCUCCUGUGGUGAAAAAGGAAGGAGAGCCAUCUCCAGCUGAAGUCACUGCUCCAGAAACACCCACACCAACUCUGAUGGAAGUUCCCCUUCCAUCACCCCAGCAGCCCCCUUCCACUCCUACCCCAACCCCUACUCCUGAGGUAGAAGCCCCACCCCAACCGUCCACUCCAGACAAAUCUGUUAUCAAGCCAGGAGUAUUGAGGUUUGGAACACAGGAAGAAGCUCUGUUAACUAUUCCAACAGUGCCACCUUCAACAAGGCCUGUCCAAACAACUACUUCUCUCCAACCAUCAUCUCCCAGACAGCCUUCUCCAGCUCCUAAUCCUCAGACUCCUAUACAGCUUGUAAUCCAACCCCAGACUCAGCCAGUUACACCACAUGUUGUCCAGAUCGCACAAUCCCUUGCCCAGCAGAAUCCUGCAAUCAAUGCCAAGGUUCCUCAGUUCAAAGUCAAACCUACCUCAGUCUUGAUGCCGGAUGAUAAGAAAAUUGUUAAACCUCCCAACCACAAGAAGAAGAGUAGGAAAUCUCCAGCAGGCAGUCCUCAUCCUCAUCCACAUCUUCUAGAACCACAGCCAUUGGGACUGGAGCCAGGAGGUAGAGAGGAUGUACAGUCACCAGCAUACUCAGAUAUCUCAGACGACGGUGCACCUGUCUUAGACCCCGAAGUAGAUGGUUCUAAGAGCAAACCAACAACAGGAGACAAAAAAGUGGAUGUAAACCCUGGUCAGUCUCCACAUUCUAUACAGCACUACAACAUGUAUCCAUACUAUGGCCAACCCCCAUACCUGGUGCCAUCAGUCACGACCGACAACAAGCCCAAGGACAACACUAAUGAUAAAAGUUUGGAGGCAAAGCCAGGUUUAGAAAAGGAGAAAAAGGAAGGUAACAAUGUAGGUGGGGAAUUCCAGCAAAAGAUGUUGCCUCAGCAUUACUAUCCCUACGGUUAUGUUCCCAGCUAUCCUUAUAACUUAGAACCUGGCUAUUCAGUGCCGAUGGUUGCCGGUGAGGAAAAAACUCCUGUGAUAAAAGAAGAAAAAAGCCCUGGACCUAAUGAAAAUAUAAAGCAAAAUAUUCCUCCAGUGUCCACGACGCUACAUGUUCCAAACCCUAAUAAAAUAAAAACGGAACCUGGAACAAAAGAAAAGCAUCCCAAUGAAAACCAUCAGAUUUUGAAGGAGAGUAUCGAGAUGAAAAAUCAGAUGAGUCCUGCGUACUUGUACUCAAGACCUCAGCAACAACAGACUCAAGGCGUUCAACAGCAAGAUGAGAUGAGAAGGUAUUACAUUUAUCCUGAAAGGAGGAAAGACCACUCGGGACAAUCUGAGAACAAUCCUGGACUGAAGGCUACACCACCUCCACAGCCGAAACAGUCCGCACCAGCACCAAGUCCUAAACACAAAGACAAACCAACAGUGGAAGACAAAAAGGAAGAGAAAGUGAAGCAAGAAGGUGUGAAGCCCACAAUGGAAACACAAGGGCCUCCUCCUCCACCUACAUCUUCUUAUGCGUACAUCCACCCAGGCUACAUGCAAUCACCACACUAUGGUGCGAUCCCAUUUGAUCCCAGCCACUCCAUGUAUGCUCGUGGUAUCAAUCCUAUGAUAGUACCCAGCCCUUAUCCCAACAACCCCUAUAUUCACCCCCAGCUGCACCCACCCAUGCCAAGAUAUCACGCACCAGAAGACCUCUCCCGCCCACCUCCUGGUGGUCCAAAGGCUCUGGACCUACUUCAACACCACGCCAACCAGUACUACACUUCACAUAAAAUACACGAACUGCAGGAGCGGGCAUUAAAGUCUCCCACACCAAAGGCAACGGUGGCCAGUGCUUCUCCAUCGGCAGAGAGACAGAAUGUGGGUGCAAUCACGGGCCCUCAGGGUACUCCCACAUCGACCAACUCGUCACAGCCUCCUGCGGCGACGGGAAAGUCCGGGGCGGGAGAUAGCAAAGAGGCUCGCUCUCCCCCGCCACAACGCCACGUGCACACGCACCACCACACCCACGUAGGCCUGGGGUACCCCAUCCUAACCGGACAAUACCCGGCGCCGUACGGAGCGGCUGUGCUCGCGUCACAACAGGCAGCGGCAGUCGCCUCCUCCGUCAUCUCCCCAUACUCCCCCAAGUGAGCUACAUUCCACCCCCACACCGCUACUAUAUUUUUUGUAGUUUUGUAAUAAUCGAUUAGCCUCUAAGUCUGUAAACAUCUCUGUACAUUACUGUACCCCGAUAGUCGUUAUAGUGUGGCCGAUAUAUUCUAUGUGUAAAUAUUGUACAAAAAGUAACAUAAGUUGAACGGUAUUAUUUUUCAAUUCUCCUUAGAGUAUAUAGGUGAAUCGCGAUAGAUGUCUCCACAAGUGUCGCGCUUUCCAGUUUUAGUGGGACGCCCGACCAGACGCCGGAAGAGAACGGUUGGCCGCCGGUUGGGUCGGUCGGCAAACCGGUCACUACCGGCAGCUUGUAGCCGUUUGAUGUACCUAAGCUUCUCUAGAGCGACCGGGCGGCUCUGCCUGACCCCUCGGUAACACGUUAUCAUUUACAAAAUUACAGUACUACACAGUAUGUUUGCGAAGCUAUGUAAUGACUAAUACGUACUAUAUAAUGCUGUUUUCAACUAUUCGAUGUAUGUAUAAUCGAUAGGAAGGUAAUCCUCAUUGUUAUAAUAGAUUUGGAUAAUACACUUAAUCUAUUUACUGACUUAAAGGUUGACAAACAAAAUUAUGUAUUUUGAAUACACGAGAAAACAUUAUAUUAAUGGUUUGAAUGUCUGUUACGAUGGUGGUUAAGGCUUAAGACCAAAAUGUACAGGAAAAAGAUUUCAAAUUAAAACUAUUAUUUCUUGGGAAAA